CAUAAGUCAUCUGGAGUUAUGAGUAACAUAUUAAAUGUAAGGGAAGUAGGUACCUCAACUCGCCCAUCUUUACAAUCUUCCUCAUUGUUCAAGGUAAAGAAUAAUCGAAGAUGUGCUAUUAGAAUGGGAUUCAACAAACUUCCAUCAUCAAGAUGUAGGACAGUUUUAAAUGCUAUUCAAGAAAAGCCAACAUUGAGUAUUGGCCAAAGAGAUGUUGCUCAUCUGUGGACGACUGCUAAGUUAGAAUAUGUGCCUAAGGGUUUUGUAAAGGUGGUGCCUUUGCCUCCUGUAACUUCAGUUAUGAACACUGACAAAUCCCAGGAAGUUGAGUCACAGCCUCUUCAUUUAGGAAAGGAGAACAUUAGGCCAGGAGUCAGGAAAAAUCCAAGACGGAAAGCUAGUCUUCUUGUUAGAAGCUAUAAAGAGGCAGACAUUCGUGAAGAUGAUUAUAUUUAUUGCGAUGAGUGUAUGGAAAAUAGAGAAGGGGAGUGUCCAUUCCAUCCUUUUUAUCUCAUUUUGGAUGUAGUGGUGCCUAGAGAUGGUUCAGUGAAGGAUCGAGCUCGGCAGACAGUACCCUGGCCUUUGGCUAUUUGCCAGUCAAAGGUGAAGGGUGCCGGAUUGGGUGUUUGGACAAAUGAAAGCCUUCCAGCACAUCUGCUCUUUGGUCCAUAUGAAGGCCAUUUCCUCCCUAGUGUUGAACCUGGAGAAGAGUCUGGCUAUGGUUGGUUGGUGCGUUGGAAGAGUUCUUCUAGUGCUUGCAUUGAUGCCUAUGAUGAAAGUGUUAGCAACUGGAUGCGUUUUGUCAACUGCUCAAGAAAUGAUAGUGAAACAAAUAUAGGAGCAUUCCAGUACAAAGGCCUGAUUUAUUACAAAACUUUGAAGGAAAUUAAACGGGGAACAGAACUUAUGGUAUGGUAUGGAGAGGAAUAUGGCAAGGAACUUGGACUUUCAAGACUUGAAACUUCCCGAAGAGCACAACAUGAUGAUUAUGAAGGCAGGGAAUGUGGACGAUGUGGCAUUGUGUACUCCACAUCCCAGUACCUUUUGCAUCACCUCAAGUAUUGUCGACAGAAGGUUAUGCAGGAGUAUUCAAAUGGAGAAGAAAUCUUGUAUCCAAAUAAGAAUAAAGGGCCUUAUUGUACAGGCCAUAAUUUAGAUAGAAAAUCUGAAGAUUGUAUAAGUCAGUCUUUUUUGUCUAGUAAUGGUAUUUCAUGUAAUGAUGAAAAUUUAAAUGCUCUUAAAUGCAUAGAAAGCGGUACUUCUGUGUCGAUUCUUCAAAGGAAAGAAAAUUUCUUUGUUAAUUUUAACUCGGAAUUGAAGUUCUCAAAUAACUAUGGACAAAUAUUUUCGGAACAUAAGAAUUUAGAGAAGAGUGUGGGUAAUAGAAACACCCAGAAGAUAACUGAAAAAUCUUUAGGCCGUAUAGGUGAAAAGCCUAUCAAGUGUAAGGAUUGUGGCCAAAGAUUUUAUCAGAGUUGUAAUUUGAAAAUGCACAUGAGAAUCCAUACAGGUGAAAAGCUUUUCGAGUGUAAGGAUUGUGGCCAAAGGUUUUCUCUGAAUGCUGAUUUGAAAAUGCACUUGAGAAUUCAUACAGGUGAAAAGCUUUUCGAGUGUAAGGAUUGUGGCCAAAAAUUAUCUCAGAAUGGUCAUUUGAAAAGGCACAUGAGAAUCCAUACAGGUGAAAAGCCUUUCGAGUGUAAGGAUUGUAGCCAAAGAUUUUCUCAGAAUGGUAAUUUGAAAAGGCACACGAAAAUCCAUACAGGUGAAAAGCUUUUCAAGUGUAAGGUUUGUGGCCAAAGAUUUUCUCGGAAUGGUAAUUUGAAAAGGCACAUGAGAAUCCAUACAGGUGAACAGUCUUACGAGUGUAAAGAUUGUGGCCAAAGAUAUUCUCAGAAUGGUAUGAGAAUCCAUUCAGGUGAAAAGCCUUUCGAGUGUAAGGAUUAUGGCCAGAGAUUUUCUCAGACUAGUCAUUUGAAAAUGCACAUGGGAGGCCAUACAGGUGAAAAGCCUUUCAAGUGUAAGGAUUGUAGCCAAAGAUUUUCUCGGAAUGGUAAUUUGAAAAGGCACAUGAGAAUCCGUACAGGUGAAAAGCUUUUUGAGUGUAAUGAUUGUGGCCAAAGAUAUUCUCAGAAUAGGCAUUUGAAAAUACACAUGGGAAGCCAUACAGGUGAAAAGUCUUUCAAGUGUAAGGAUUGUGGCCAAAGAUUUUCUCAGAAUGUUCAUUUGAAAAGGCUCAUGAGAAUUCAUACAAGUUAAAAGCCUUUUGAGUGUAAGGAUUGUGGCAAAAGAUUUAUCGAGUUGUAAUUUGAAAACGCGCAUAAGAAUCCAUACAGGCGAAAAGUCUUUCGAGUCUAUGGAUUGUUGCCAGAGAUUUUUUCGGAAUAUUCAUUUGAAAAUACACAUUGGAAGCCAUACAGGUGAAAAGUCUUUCGAGUGUAAGGAUUGUGGCCAAAGAUUAUCUCAAUGUUCAUUUGAAAAGGCUCACGAGAAUCCAUACAAGUGGAAAGCCUUUCGAGUGUAAGGAUUGUGGCCAAAGAUUUAUCAGAGUUGCAAUUUGAAAACGCGCAUAAGAAUCCAUACAGGCGAAAAGCCUUUCGAGUGUAAGGAUUGUGGCCAAAGAUUUUCUAGGAAUGGUGAUUUGAAAACGCACAUGAGAAUCCAUACAGGUGAAAAGCCUUUCAAGUGUAAGGAUUGUGGCCAAAGAUUUUCAUAGAGUGGUCAUUUGAAAAGUCACAUGAAAAUCCAUCUAGAAUAACAUUAAGAGUAAAGAUUUUCUUAGUGGAGAUUUGAAAUAAUUUUUGAGUGAAGAUUCUUUGAAAAUAACUUACUGAAAUUACUUUGGUGACUCCACGGUGAAAGGUUUUAUGAACGUUUUCUCACUUUCUUUUUUUUUUUUUUAAUCCAGAUUUAUGUGAGAUGCCUUGAGUAUUGUAGAUGUCAGUGAAGGAUGUAUUUAAUAUUAUAUUAUCAGGUGAAAUUUCUAUUAAUUUAUUAAUGAGUUUUCCUUCUAAACAAUAAAGUUCAACAAAAGGUAUAGGUUAGUAUGGUUUUAUUGUUUACAUUGAGGUUGUUUAUCAAAAACAGUUUUUAAUUUGGGUAUUUUGAAGGAAUGUUUGAAGAAUAAACGUAUUUGUAAAGUAUUUCGUACGAAAAUUCUAUUAAAUGUAAUGUAUGAUAAGGAAAGCAAAUUAGGUAAACGUUAAUGAUAGAGGCGUAACAUCAUCUUUCCCAACUUGAAUAUAAGAUUUUAUUUAGUAAGGAUGUGUUUAAGUAUUUGUUCAACAUAGGUAAUAUUUUAAUGUAUUCGAUUUCAUGAACAUUUCGUGAAAAAAAAUUCUUAUAUUUUGAUAUUCGGAUGUUGUGCUUUAUUCAUUGGAAGGCUUUGUAGAUAAUAAGAAUCUUUUUGGGUAAGUUAUAUCACAUACUAAUGGGUUUCAUCACUUCCAUGGAUUUUGGAAUUAUUUGAGCCUUCAUUGAUAAAUAUAGGAUGGUUGUGGGAUUCAAUUAUUGUGUUAAACAUUCAUGGUAUAUAUUAGUUUGAUGUUCAGUGAUUUUAAUAAGAGAGAAUAGGAAUUAUGAUGUAGACAAACAUCUGUUGUCUCUCAGUAGUAUUGUUUGACUUUAUUAACGUCUCACCAAUGCCUUUACAUAUUAGCACUGUACUCCCCUCUCUCUCUCUCUCUCAUUACGUAAUACAUGUUUUAUUUUCAUUUUUCAUUGAAAACUGCAUUCCUUUUAUUCACCAGAAGUUUGUUAACUUUAUGAAAUAUAAGAAGUCCUAAAAAGAAAGCUGGAAAGCUUAGUAAACAUUUGUUAUAAUUUUGGAAUUUAAGUUGUUUUUAUAAAGCACACACAGAGAGAGAGAGAGAGAGAGAGAAUAACAAUAAAUCUGGUCAGACUUGAUGCAUAUGACAUUCUUGUAAAAUUAUCUGCCAUAUCUACAUAUACUCCUUAAAAUUCUUUUAAUUUCAAGGUUUUACGUGAUUCAAUAGGGUAUGUGGUUUUAUUGUGUAACGGGAAUUUUUCAAAGAUGUCCGCAGUGUAUUGAAUAGCUAUAUGCUCUUCAGUGUGUGGGAUAUACAAAAGGAUUAUUGAUGUGUAGUUCUCCCAAAUUAUCUUUAAUAGGAUUUCAACCAACUUUGUGGCAGUAAUGCAGAUACUAAUAUGAUGUAUUGCAUGCUCAUCCUAUUUGAGAAAAUUUAAGAUGUACCACAUCUUCAGAAUUAAAAGGAGGGGGGAGUGGGGUCUUUCGACGGCUAGAGUACUACACCACGUUCCUCCCUAGAAUAAUUUGCAGUUUCCUUAUCUUGCUCAGGGACUGAGUAUUUCAUCGAGUUGGUGGUGAAUAGUUUUGGUUCUUGAUUUGAUUAUUUUGAAGUCAACUAUAUAUCAGCUUAAAGACGGAAUGUGGAUGGUAGUGAUAUCCUGAAAUGUAGCACAUCACAAAUAAAACCCA